AAUGAAGAUUUAGAGAUUUUUGUGGGUGAUUUAAUUUGUUAAGUUGGUUGUUAUUUGGACUAAAGUAGGAAGAAAAAAAAAAAAGGGGGGAUAAAAGAAAUAAUAUUUAUGUUUUUUAUUUAGUAUUAAUUCUUUUAUAAAAGGGGGCUUUGGAAAGCGUGUAGUUCACCUCUUCCCCAAGAAGUGAAAAAAAAAAAAAAGAAGAAAACCCUAAAUCCCAAUCUCCCCCGCCGCCGCCGCCGCCGCCGCCGCUAGUCAACCGCCGUAGGUCACCACGCCGGUCUCCCAGCAGCGUCGAAGAUCGGUCCACGUCGAGCCGCCGCGCGCCAAGGAUCGAAGCCGCCGCACGCCAAGGAUCGAAGCCGCCUUCAGUCGGGAGUCGCAAGCCGAAGCCGAAGCCCAUCGCGUCUGCAAGCCGAAUCGUGGCGGCCAGCCGAAGCCGAAUCGCGUCGCUUCGUUUCGACGCCGAGCAGCCCCCGUCCGCAGCCGCCGAGCGAAGCCGCAUUUAAGCCGGACCACCGCAACCCGUCGCGCAACCCGAGUCCGGAAGUCAGCGUCACUCUGCGCGAAGAUCAGACCCGACCGAAGACCCGCUCCGCGACCCGAGCCAACGCGCGCCGUAUUCCGGAAACCGACCCGCGCCCGCGUGCACCCGCGUGUGAGCCGCGCCGCGCGCUUCUGCGUAGCCGAGCCGCGUCUCCCUCCUGUUGCAAGCCGAGCCGCACGCGUAGUUCCUGUCCAAGCUGAGCCGCGCCUGUCUGCACCGCGAGCCGAGCCGAUCUCCAGCCUCCAAGCCGAGCCGGUUCCUGCCCUAUUUUCCAGCCGAGCCGCCAAGCUUAUUUUGGCUCCUCCCACCUAUUUUUGGUAAAUUAAGUAUUUAUUUUGGGCAUUUCCCCAAUACGACCCAAUGUUUUGGGCGCUAAAUAAUUUAAUUUGGACUAAAUUAAAUUAUUUUUCCUAAGGAACGUCUUGGACCGAGUAACUGCUGCAGCGGGAGAUUUUCUUCAGUAGGGGCUCAACCACUGCAACCUUUUCUGGGGUAAGUUAUUUCAACCGAGUUUUAACCGUUAGCCGUUGGUGACUUAUUUACGAACUUUGGCGUUAUUAAAUAUUUAGGAUCCCGUUGCUUGGAAAGCACACGUGUCUUGCGGUUAGGACUCGUCGAGUGAAUCUCCAGGUAGAGGACGAGGCAAGGGCAAGGGCAAACUGGCGAGCGACCCGAAGUGAGACCGAGGAGGGCCAUAGGGACUACCGCUUCCGCUUAUUUCUUAUUUCAGAUUUUAGCAUUUGAGUUUGAGUACUUUUUUAUUUUUCACUAUCUUUUAUGUAGAUAGGGCCCGAGUAGGAUUUCAGAACGUUUUUACAUUUUUGCACGACUACCUUGUUUAUGCUUUUAUAAAUGAAUUUCUUGAACCGUAUGCUUUUAAUAAAAUUUUAUGACUUAAACCACUUGUUCUAUAUUGAGUAAUGACUUCGAUUCAGUAUAAGGAGUUGGGUAAUUACAGUUGGUAUCAGAGCACAGUGUUUUAGGUUCUGUAGACUGACCUACGAUGUAAGUCAUUUUUGUUUUUGGUUUUACUUCACCCUAUGGCUAUACGGUCCUUCGGCACUCGCCAGGUAUGUCUAAAGCCUUGCUAAUGUUAAGAUUACAAUUUUGCCUGAAUAGUCUAAGACCUAGAUAUAGGGUGUUAAGUUCUUGUGGUGAGAAGUUUGUUGGUGAAUUUUAGGGAGAAUGCCGCCACGUAGAGGUACACGCCGAGGAGGUGGUAGGGGAGGCAGAGGAGCCGGUCGUGGCCAGCCGGAGGCGCCACCUGUUGCACCGGCAGUCGACCCAAACGCACCGGUCACCCAGGCGGAUCUCGCCGCAAUGGAGCAGCGUUAUCAGGACAUGCUGCAAGCUGCUUUGGCGCCUUUCCUUGCCGCCCAGCAGAACCAGGCCGCCCCUGUUCAGGCCGAGGCCGCCCCUGCUCAGGCCCAGGCCGCCCCUGUUCAGGCUCAGGCCGUCGCUCCUCCAGCCCCUGAGGAAGCUCAACCAGUACCAGUUCAACUGUCGGCCGAGGCGAAACACUUACGGGAUUUCAGGAAGUAUAAUCCCAAGACCUUUGACGGAUCCAUGGACAACCCCACAAAGGCCCAAAUGUGGUUGACGUCCAUAGAGACUAUUUUCCGGUACAUGAAGUGCCCAGAAGACCAGAAGGUGCAGUGUGCAGUCUUCUUCUUGGAGGACAGGGGCACCGCCUGGUGGGAGACCGCGGAGAGAAUGCUAGGGGGCGAUGUAAGCAAAAUAACAUGGGAGCAGUUCAAGGAGAACUUCUAUGCUAAGUUUUUCUCCGCCAAUGUGAAGCACGCCAAGCUGCAAGAGUUCCUAAACUUGGAGCAAGGCGACAUGACGGUGGAGCAGUACGACGCCGAGUUCGAUAUGCUGUCCCGCUUUGCUCCCGAUAUGGUAAGAGAUGAGGCUGCCAGGACGGAGAAAUUUGUUAGAGGACUCAGGCUAGACCUUCAGGGCAUUGUCAGAGCCCUCCGCCCAGCCACGCAUGCUGAUGCACUACGUAUAGCACUGGAUUUGAGCCUGCCUGAGAGAGCCGAUGCGUCUAAGGCUGCCGGCAGAGGGUCAGCCUUGGGACAGAAGAGAAAGGUUGAGACGCAGCCUGACGUAGCACCGCAGCGAACACUGAGGUCAGGAGGUGUCUUCCAGAGACACCGACGGGAGCUUGCAGCAGCCGGGAGGACUCUGAGAGAGCUACCCGCUUGUACUACCUGCGGGAGAGUCCACGGAGGUCGUUGCUUGGCUGGAAGUGGAGUCUGCCUUAGGUGCAGACAGCCGGGGCACACUGCUGAUAUGUGUCCUCGGAAACCCUUUGAGACGACACCGCCCCAGCCUUCUGCGGCCCAGCAGGGGAGAGUUUUCGCCACUACCCGGCAGGAGGCCGAGCGAGCUGGCACUGUGGUGACAGGUAGAGGACGAGGCAAGGGCAAGGGCAAACUGGCGAGCGACCCGAAGUGAGACCGAGGAGGGCCAUAGGGACUACCGCUUCCGCUUAUUUCUUAUUUCAGAUUUUAGCAUUUGAGUUUGAGUACUUUUUUUAUUUUUCACUAUCUUUUAUGUAGAUAGGGCCCGAGUAGGAUUUCAGAACGUUUUUACAUUUUUGCACGACUACCUUGUUUAUGCUUUUAUAAAUGAAUUUCUUGAACC